GCCGCUGGGUGAAUAUGGCGUCUGGUUGCUUAGCGCUAGCCCGUCUAAUCUCUCUUUGAUAACGUUAGCCCGUAUCAACUGCGAUAUCCGUUACUAAAUUAUAAACAGAUUAUUUAUUCAUCAACAUAAUGUCGGAUUCGGAGGAAGAAAGUCAAGACCGACAGCUAAAAAUUGUUAUUUUAGGAGACGGAGCUUCGGGAAAGACGUCGCUGGCCACGCGGUUCGCUCAGGAGGCCUUCGGGAAGCAGUACAAGCAGACGAUAGGCCUGGACUUCUUUCUGAAGAGAAUAACGCUGCCAGGCAACCUGAAUGCUACUCUGCAGGUCUGGGACAUUGGGGGACAGACUAUAGGUGGCAAGAUGCUGGACAAAUACAUUUAUGGAGCUCAGGGUAUUCUUCUCGUCUAUGACAUCACUAACUACCAGAGCUUCGAGAACCUGGAGGACUGGUUCGGGAUGGUGAAGAAGGUGAACGAGGAGUCCGAGGUGCAGCCGGUCAUCUCCCUGGUGGGGAACAAAAUUGACCUGGAGCACAUGAGGACGGUGAAGGCCGACAAGCACCAGCGCUUCUGCCAGGAGAACGGGCUCGUCAGCCACUUUGUGUCGGCCAAGUCGGGAGAUUCGGUCUUCCUGUGUUUCCAGCGAGUGGCAGCUGACAUACUGGGUGUGAAGCUCAACAAGGCAGAGAUCGAGCAAUCUCAGAAAGUGGUGCGAGCCGAGCUGGUGAACUACCCUCAGGACGAAGGCCCCGUUAGACAGGAGAGCAGGAGCAAAGUCUGCUCUGUUCAGUAGCCACAGUAGGUGCGCAGAGUCACUGCUAGAUAUAUGCUUCUGUACAUAUAUCUACUGGUGAGUGGAGCAAUAGAGCAUUUAGAUCAGCCACAAAGCCCGUCACAGUGUGCCUGUAGAAAUGAAUGGUACUAGGCGUGAAGUAGCGGCAACUGUAUUAGUAAGUAGAGCUAGCGGUAGUUAGCCUGGCCAAUAAAUUAGGUGAUACAUUAUCCAUGCAGUAACAUGUCUGCUCAGGUGUUGUGCCGUAAAUCUGCCGUGAAAUUCUUUUUAAAGAAAUAUGAACUUUAUUUAAUCAUUUACUGUUUUCAUAAAAUAGAUGCUCAUAUUCCUAAUUAAAGUUAUGUAUUGUUUGUCUUUUUGUGUAUUUAAAGGUUUUAGUUUUUUAAAGGUUACGUUUUGUUAAAGAUGAAACUUUUAUUGAAUUCAGAGUAAAGUUAUUUUUCCUUUCGUAGCAGAGUAUUUUUGUUCUUAAAGUGCAGCACUUUGUCUCUGCUGAAGUGUGUCAUGCAGGAAUGGGGAUGUGAAAUAGAGUUUUUCAGAGUGCAGUGAUACUUGGCUGAGAGCAGAGUUUACAUCAGCAUCAUCCAGAGAUGGGUGAUUGGCGUCCAGUGUAAAUAUUUGUGUCUUCUGACCUCUGUUUAACCCUGGGCCAGGGCUGCAAUUCGAACAGUUGUGAAACAUUGCUAAAAUGUCAAGACAUUUGAGAUUCAGAAAAGUACCCUACAUUUUUAAAGUAAUUGGUUUCAGUACACACACUUUUUUAUUUAUUAAUUUCCGCUCUGAAUUAAAAAAAAAAAUCUAUUAUAAAUCUAUUAACUAUUUUGUUCCCCUUAUUUAAAGAGGAACCUGUUUUGGAGUUAUUUCUGGAUUGCCCAGUAAGUGGUCGUGUAGGUUUGUGCAUAGCAGUGUUCAAAUGGUAAUGGUACAUUUUUAAAUAAAUUAAAACAUUUUUUACAUUUAUUUCCAUGUCUGUCUGAACGUAGACAGUACCAACCUCCAGUUGACGAGGACAGACACUGUUGUUAUCGUUGUUAAAGGGGAGUGAACGCGUGUGUAGCAGUGUUCAUUUAUGUUAUGUUUCAUCAGUGUUUAUUUGCGUCAUUUGUAAUGGUGAGUUAUGCCCACUUUAGGACAGCUAAUACAAAAUGGCCGUUGAUGCUAAAUUAAAUUCGUGUAAAACAAAUGUUUGAAAAUGUACCGUUACUUAGUGUUAAUGUUUAUUGAAUUUUUAUUGUUAUGUUGUAAACACAUGGAUGUGUAUAUGGGAUGUGAUUUAAAUUGCUAGUGUGACGAAAAUGUUGAAAUAAGUGGUUAUAAAAGUAUGUAUUUUUAAAAAAAUUGGAAUUGGACUUAUAGGUAUGUGUUUUUAUAUUAUAGGUUUGCACAGGACCGUAAACUGCUGCGUGGUUUGCGGGAUGUUA